UGCUGGCAGCACUGAUAAUUGACAACUACCUAACCUUACUUUAUGUGAGUUCCUGAGUUAUGUUCUGUGGUUGUUUUCAUUUUCACGUAAAGUUUGGCACCACGUGCCUCGUAUUUUAUUAAUUUAACGUAAAACUAGAGUAAACAAAAAAUGGAAAAUGUCAACAGACACAUGGAAUCGAUGUCCGAAGAGUUUGGAGAGAUGUUAAGGAUUAAAUUGUACAAAAAUGCUGAAAUAAACAAGUUGAUUAAAACACGAAAAGAUCUUGAAUGUAAAGUGAACGGUGUAAAUAAGAACCUUAUUGAUUUUAAAGCCUAUAUUAAGCAUGAGAAAGAUUUGCUUAAGAAUAUUAAGUUAAGAAGAGAUAAAUUGAAAAUUUUUGAACGAAAGUCUGGUAUUGAGUUUAAAAUACUUAAAAGAAUUCAAACUUUAUAUGAAAUAUCCAUACAGAAGUUUCCAAAUGACUAUCCACUAAGUUUAGCUUAUUUUAAGUUUUGUAAAGAUAGUAAUAACACUACAGCACUGAAUCAUGCUAUAAAUAAUAUUUUAAAGCAUUACUCUCAACAACCGGAUGCAUGGAUUUUAAUAGCAAAAUAUUAUGCUUAUGAAAAAAACAACAAAAAAGAUGCUAUUAAUCAUCUACUAAAAGGAUUAACAAUCCAUAAAGACAGUCAGGCUUUAUAUAGAGAAGCAUUUGAGUUGUUACUUUCUGGAGAACCAAAACAUAUUUCCGAGAAUGCUUUGGAGGAUGAGAUUUACAAAAUUAAAACAUUAAAUUUAAAAAUUAAAACCUAUUUGGAUACAAUUUUCCACGAUAUUCCUGACAUUAAUUUUUAUAUUGAAUUACUUGAGAUGCUUCAAAAAUACCCAUCUACACAAGAAUCACAAGAAAUGAUUGUUGAAAAAUUAAUUGAAAGUUAUUCUGGGGAGGAUUUGGUUUGGCAUACAUUGGCACAGAGGGAACUUAACAAGCUAAAUCAGAAUACUGAUUCUACAAAGCAAAUUUUGGAAAAAUGUUUUCAGAAGUACCAGGAAGGUUUAAAAGUAGUUGAGGGCGAAAAAAAGAAAAACCUAUGGCAUUACUACUUGGAUUACCUUAUUUCUGUUCAACAAGAUCGAAAAGUUGCUUCAAAACUAAAAACCACCACUCUUCAGGCUGCUCUUGAAGAUGCCUGUGAAGAAGACAUUCUAAAAGAAAAACAUUACAUUGUUUGGAUAGAAUUACUUGAUGAUAAAAUGGAGGAAAGUGAAAUUGAGUUUAAGAAAAAAGAAAUAAAGGAAGAGAUUGUUGAAAUCCUUGAAAAAGGACUUGAAUCCAUUCCAGAAUCUGUUGAACUAUGGAAAUUAAGGCUUAAGGCUGCAGUAAUGAAAGACAAUGAAAAUGAAGUAAAUGUUACUCUAAAAAGAGGCAUCCAAGCAUUAAAUGAAAAAGCCUUACCACUUUGGUUAAUGUCUUUAAGAUUUCAUAUGUUGGUGUCAAAUGAAAACAAAAUAGAUGAGUUUUAUCAGAGCGCCAUCUAUGCUCCCAAGGAUGUAUGCAAUGUUCUUAAACCUCAGUACAUACUAUGGUUGGGUAUGUCUAAAAGCAUUGAAGAAAUCAGACAAAAAUAUAAUGUUUUGGCAAGGCAAAGGCCUUAUUGCAAAGAAUUGCACAAGUCUAUGUUAAAGGUUGAAGGCAAUGAAAUUCCACCCAAUAUAGAUGAGCUGGAAAAAGUCCAUAAAAACGUUUGUGAACAGUUUGGCAAAGAUGAUGUUGACAUUUGGAUAGCCUACGCGCAAUUUUUGUCAAAAUACCGCCCCACAGACCUGCCAAAUCUGUACAAACAGGCAGAAUCGAAAUUGACGUCAUUGCUGUUUCCAGAUUUCCAGGAAAGGUAUUUGACUUUGGAAGAAUAUAACAAAAUUAGUUCCGAAGAUCCAGCCAGUGAAUUGUUUAAUAUUCUUUAUGCUGCUUCAAGUAAAAAAUCGACAAAAGAAAGAGAAGCGACUUUGUUUCCAGACUAUAUGCAAGAAUAAAGUUUAAGUUCACGA